UUCCGAACAAGGGGUCCCGGGUUCGAAUCCUAAUGAAGACUGGGCUUUUGAAUUUCGGGAUCUAUAGGAGCCUCUGAGUCCACCCAGCGCUAAUUGGUACCUGACAUUAGUAAAGGUGAUUGACCGUUGUGUUGGCCAAAUGACACCCUCGCUUUGCGUAGGCCACAGAAACAGAUGACCUUUACAUCAUCUGCUCGAAAGACCACAAGAUCUGAAAGGGGGACUGUAUUUUUACCUUUUUACACCAAAAGCACACUCGCAUAUUAGUAAACGAUAUAUUAUGGUUCUUUUUCAGAAACUAGUUGGCCGAGUCAUUAUUCAAGAAAACAAGAUGGCCCAGUUAACUAACACAGAUACACAAGGAACUUGUUUCUAUGGCGAGGAAACAGGGACUCAUGAAUGUUUACUGUCAGAAGGAGGCGAAGGCAACCUUCAGUCAGACUAUUUUCUCUGUGAGAAGAACCCAGGUCACAAAGAGUUUACACCAAUGAAAUCUUUCCGUCUGGAAAACCUGCCUGAAUUGUAUCGCGAUCCAGGACUCUACGAGUACGUCAAAGCUGUAGCAGAACUGACGGUCAGGCUGGAGGUCACUGUAACUAGCCCACACAUGGCUGCCUGGUUGUGA